GAUGGAUAACUAGAAGCAGACGCACCAAAUGUUAGACGUUUCUUACAAGUUUUUAGUAACCUAGUAGUAUAGCGAAUCUUUGAGUGUCUUCACCUACGGCCUGCAGUACGUUUUGACGCACUAUAGCGAGGCCUUUAGAUGCUGGCACUGGGUAUGGAAAACUCCGAAAGACUUGAAACAGACCAUGAAAAAACAGAAUUUGUUCAACGGAGAGGCUCGAUGGAAGCCUCUGAAUCUUGCGAUCACAAGGAAGACGUCGAAAAUCAGCAUUCUGAGAAAAUCAAAGAGCUUCGUUCUAAAAUUGAUGUAAACAUGGAUAAUAAUGUUCUGAGACAAGUUGGACGUGUUGACGAUGCUUUUCUGUUGAUGUUUCUGAGAGCGCGCCGCUACAUCGUGGACGAAUCAUUCAAACUUCUGUCCAAUUACAUUGAAUUCCGCCAAAAUAACGCAUCUUUGAUGGAAAAUCUGUCAGCUUGGGAAUUACACCACGUGUUAGAAGACGGCCUUCCGUGUGUUUUGCCAUACACUGAUCAAAAUGGUGCUAAAAUUAUAGUUAUCUUCGCCGGCAGUUGGGAUAAAGAUACUUACGGCACACUAGAAAUUUUAAAGGCAUUCAUUUUAACCAUGGAACGCUUGAUAAAGACUGACGAGGCACAACUAAAUGGAAUUAAAAUAAUUGCAGAUUUUUCAGGCUGGACUGCUUCUCAUACAUCCAGUCUGUCCUUAUCUUUUAUUCGUCAAGUUUUCGCCAUGUUCCAGGAUCGCUACCCGGCAAGAAUUGUCGCANUUCAUUUUGUAAGCGAACCCUGGUACAUCAAGGCCGGACUUACUUUGCUGAAGCCAUUCAUUCAGGAAAAAAUGUGGAAGAGGAUACACUUACAUGGUAACAAUAUGGCGACACUUCACGACCACUGUCAUCUGGAUACACUACCAGCGGAGUUUGGUGGAAAGAUGCCCGCAGUAAACCGCGCAUACUGGGCACGAGUACUAGUCCAUUUGGAAGGAACGAAAAGAAGUCACGUGUACGGAGAAAAUCCAUUCAGACGGUCGCUUAGCUGGGACACUGACGAGCAAAAAAUACCUCACGUGAUCAUUCAAAGCUAGGGUCUAAUCCCUAUCUGUUUGCCUCGUUCAAUGACUGACAACACAAGAGUUUGCCAACUGCGUACGUCGCAGUGUUGGGAAACCGGGGGACUAGGUUUGGCGAUUGAAUGUAUAGUUAUACAAUAACGUUUAUUGUAUAACUAUACUGUGUCACCAAUUAGCACCUCACUAGUCAGGAGCUAGAUCCCUAACAGACACAUAAAUAAAGUUUCAUCAUCAUCAUCAUGUAACUGCUCGGAUACUAAUGAAUUAAAAAAAGAUGUUUGGGGUGGCACUAAUUACAUUUAGAUAUUGUCAAUGAAAAAAUUUGAAGUUGUACAAAUAAAUGAACCAUCAGUUCAAAGAAACAGAAGACCCGGGGGUUUAACAGUUAGUGCACUUGACUCUGGGAUAAGAGGUCUGGGUACUAGAUCCAGCAAGGUCAUUGUGUUGUGUUCUUGGGCAAAACACUUGACUCUCACCUAGCCUUACUCCACCCAGGAGCAUGGGCACCAGCAGAUUGUCAGGGAAGCCUGAUGAAAUGCUGAGGGUGGGGUGGGAAGAGUAACCUGCAAUGAACUAGCAUCCCAUCCAGGGGUUACUGGGGGAGUUAUACUACAGAAACUGGGAUAAGCCC